CAGGCAUAUUUUGCUUAGAAACCCUCGCAUUGCAUCAUCGCUCCGAUAGCUCCGUUAGCUUUGCGGCUGCCCACAGAGGUGCCUCAAACACGAUAGACACGACAAUUGUGACACCUCCCAGCCCCAAUUAGCUUACGCUUCUCUUCUGGCUACUGCUUGACGUUCGGCGCCGUCCCAUGGGUUACCCCGUCCAGCAAAUACCUCAGCGAGCACCAGAGAAAAUGCCACCUCGGUUGACCCAUCGAUUAUGAUCUUCAAAAGUCUCGCUCGAGCGCCGGUGCUAUGCGCCAGAGGCGCCUGGACGCAGCAUCCUUCCCGCCGCCUGUUCCUGCCUCGAACCGCGACUGCCUCUCGCAUAUUCUUCACCUCUCGGACGGGUCCUCUUCGCCGCCAGGACCUCGAUAGCCCCUCCAGUCCCGCAGCGCCGAAAGAUGGACCUCCCAGCUCCAUAUCGACCGCAGCCCCCAAAGGGGUCGUACCACCGCCCCCGCGCGCCCAAGCAGGUGACCCCCUCGCGGGCGUCGAAAAGUCGGCGCAGGACCAGCGCAAGGCCGACUGGGCCAUCAUGAAGGAGAUGUCGCGGUACCUGUGGCCCAAGGACAGCCUCGACGCCAAGCUGCGCGUCUGCCUGGCCGUGUCGCUGCUCGUGGGCGCCAAGGUGCUCAACGUGCAGGUGCCGUUUUACUUCAAGAGCAUCGUCGACGCCAUGAACGUCGAUAUCGGGGCCAUGGGCGGGACGGCGGCGACCGUGGCGGGCACCAUGAUAUUCGCAUACGGCGCGACGCGCAUCGCGGCCACGCUGUUCCAGGAGCUGAGGAAUGCCGUGUUCGCGAGCGUGGCGCAGAAGGCGAUCCGCAAGGUUGCGUGCAACGUCUUCGACCACCUGCUCAGGCUGGAUCUGGGCUUCCACCUGUCGAAGCAGACCGGGGGCUUGACAAGGGCUAUCGAUCGCGGCACCAAGGGCAUAAGCUUCUUGCUCACCAGCAUGGUGUUUCAUAUCUUGCCAACGGCACUGGAGAUAACCAUGGUCUGCGGUAUCCUCACCUACCAAUACGGCGGGCAGUUCGCCGCCAUCACCGCCUUCACGAUGACGGCCUAUACAGCAUUCACGAUAUGGACCACGGCGUGGAGGACCAAGUUUAGGAGGCAGGCCAAUGCGGCGGACAACAAGGCAUCCACCGUGGCGGUCGACUCGCUAAUUAACUACGAGGCUGUAAAGUACUUCAACAACGAGAGGUUCGAGGUGGCACGCUAUGACAAGGCGCUCCAGCAGUACGAGAAGAGCUCUAUCAAGGUCGCCACCUCGCUGGCGUUCCUCAAUAGCGGGCAGAGCAUCAUCUUCUCCUCGGCCCUGACCGCCAUGAUGUAUCUCGGCGCGGAAGGCGUCGCCUCGGGCUCGCUGACGGUGGGAGACCUGGUCAUGAUCAACCAGCUCGUCUUCCAGCUCUCGGUGCCCCUCAAUUUCCUCGGCUCCGUCUACCGGGAGCUGCGCCAGUCGCUGCUCGACAUGGAGACGCUCUUCAACCUCCAGAAGGUCAACGUGGCCAUCAAGGAACGGCCCGACGCGCAGGCCCUCUCCCUCGCGCGGGGUGGCGAGAUCAAGUUCGAGAACGUCACCUUCGGGUACCACCCCGACCGACCCCUUCUCCAUGACUUCAGCGUGACGAUACCGGCGGGCAAGAAGGUGGCCAUCGUGGGCCCGUCUGGGUGCGGCAAGUCGACGCUCCUGCGCCUCCUAUUCCGGUACUACGACGUGCAGGGCGGGCGGAUCCUGAUCGACGACCAGGACGUGCGGUCCGUGACGCUCGACUCCCUGCGGCGGGCGAUCGGCGUGGUGCCGCAGGACACGCCGCUCUUCAACGACACGGUCGAGCACAACAUCCGGUACGGCGACAUGUCAGCCGGGCCCGAGAGCGUCGUGGCGGCGGCGCAGCGGGCGCGCAUCCACCACAUCAUCGACAGCUGGCCCGCGGGCUACCAGACCAAGGUCGGCGAGCGCGGCCUCAUGAUCAGCGGCGGCGAGAAGCAGCGCCUCGCCGUGUCGCGCGUCCUCCUCAAGGACCCGCCCUUGCUGUUCUUCGACGAGGCUACUAGCGCGCUCGACACGCACACGGAGCAGGCGCUGAUGCGCGAGAUCAACAGCAUCCUCAAGGAGAAGCGCCGCACAAGCGUCUUUGUCGCACACCGCCUAAGGACCAUCUACGACGCGGACCUGAUCAUCGUGCUCAGGGAGGGGUCCGUGGCCGAGACGGGCACGCAUAAGGAGCUCAUCGAUCGGGGGGGCUUGUACUCGGAGCUGUGGAGUGCGCAGGAGACGCUCUUCAACGAGGAUGGGACCGAGAUGGAGGUUGGUGGGGUUGUCAGUCUCGGUGAGGCGGACGAGGGGCGCGUCAAGCAGAACGACGCUGGGGGUAAGCAGGGCCAAACCCCGAGGUAGGACGGGGGAAUGCAUUGCCUUUUUCUUGGAUAGGGUAGAUGGUUGGGCAGAGACAGGGUCAUCGUCCUUGUGGCGACAAAAUUAGACUUGGUUCAAUAAUCUGUCACCGUGUUGCCUGUCAUAGAACUGCUGUCCAGAACAGCCUAUCCACGAUGAGGGAACACACAACGCGGGCAGUUGGCAGCAUCAAGCAUCCCACGACAACAGGGUAGACUGUAAAUAUGUGUCAAUGCCAGGCUGUUCCAUUACGGCCAAUAUGAUACAGUCAAAUUGACUGACCCCGGGGGGGAAAUACCCGACGGCCUCACUGUCACCCCAAUCACUUGCACUAUGUUCAGACCAGCAAGCACAUGGCAAGCCGCCAGACCAGCCAACUCUCAAC